AACGUCAUUUUUCAUAGGAGUUUCACGGAAGUUCUAGAAAGGAGAACGAACCGUCAAAAAGAAUUUCAACUUGUGGGCGAAAUCACUUAUUUUUUGUUGGAUACCUCGACGGGAUUUAAGUGGGAAACCACCUUCGACUACGUCCCUACAGCUGUGGUUUCCAUACCUAUUAUUGCAGAUCCGUGGUGCAAUAUGACAGUCGGUUCCGUAACAGGUUGAAAUAAUUCGCCAUAUUUGGCUCUCUCAGUACAUUCGCCGCAGCCAACAGUAUACUUAACUUUGAUUUGAAGUUCCACUCUGCGUAGCAUUUCGUAGAUUUGUUGCUCGUAUUUUACAAAAAACACUGAAAAGAUUGUAUAUCGUGAUUGUCAUUCGAUUAGGAUCCUCGCCGUAAUAAAGGAAUCUAUAAUAGAAUCAACUUCCUCGGCGAUACGGUUCAGUCUCACCAUACAACCACAGUGAAAUGUGUCUGACAGACGACAAAAGAGUGGAGCAGGAACAAUUUGUACAAUCUGCAGUGAAGAAACAGCAGAGAAAUAAACGAAAACGAGAGCCCGACAUGUUUGUGGCGGCAGUUUUGGAAUGCACCGUGCGCAGAAUUUGUAGCGAAGUUUGCUCAAGUUACUUUUGUGUUUGUUCUUCCCCCAAAAAGAAGAGGAAACUGACCAUAAAUCAAGAAUCCAACGAAACAGAAACGACAAACUUAAGUCCUGAUCGCGGAGACAGUAUACCUGAAACACAAAAGAACUCAUUGUGUGAACUUCAAGAAAUUAUCGCCAUCUCUGAAAAACCGCAGAGCGCUGCCAGCGAGGACUCGCAGAUUGAGGAAUUUCUUCAGAGCUUAACAACAGAACUGAGAAAUUUCCCGACGUUCGAAGACGUAAAUGAACUGUUAAGAGAGAUCGAAGGUGAUUCAACCCAUCUAGAUGUUUUGGGUGACGAGAUCGAAUCACUGUUGAACACUAGUAACGAUCCGUUUUACCCAGGACUUCUCGAAGUAUUGUUCCCAUAACUUCUAACAGAAUAUCUAAGUUAAAAAUUAUAUAUUAUAAUUUCAUGAUGGUGUAGAUCUAUGGAGAAUUGCAGGACCAAUUCUUGACGAUUUUUAAGUUAAUUUUCGCACUCAAAAGAUCCUCCACAAUUAAAUUUACACUUUAAAGCGGAAGUUCCCUCGGAUAGGAAAUUUGUGCUCUACUUCCGCUCGGAAAAUUUACGUCAUGGUUCGUUCCUGCAUAAUGUUGGUUAUUUCUAUCUUAUGUUUACCUAAUUUUUCCGUUUUUGCGAUCAAUUAUCUUGCAUGCAUUGUAAACAAAGAAAAAGUGUAAGCCUAAAGCGAGCCUUUAAUAUAUUGAAAUACAGCUAAUAGUGAAGAAUAUUUACAUAUUUUAAAAGUCAGAUGAUAUAUUUAUACAUAGUUAACUAUGAUUUAUAAAGUAAAAGUUUGUGAGAAAGGUUGGAAUCCAAGGCUUACCAGCCAAGCCCCAGUUUUUCGAAGGCUUAGUAGUGCCAACCCAGGGUUAAAUUUUAAUCAAGAUUCUUUGUUCCUUUGUUCAAAAGCCUUUCUCAGCUAGUUUUCUCUAUUCUUUGAGGGACAUCCAGUCAUCAAAUUGUAGACAAAAAUAAUUGUACUGAAUUUUCUUUUAAAGGUCUCAGAUCUUGAUCUACAAAGUAAGUUUUAAACAUAUGUCAGACAGUGCAUCUGAACAUU